AAUUCACCAAGUCCACAAUUGUAUCAUCAUCAAUUCAUCAUCAUCACUUCUCUCUUUUUCUCUCAAAAUCCUCCCUAAAUGCUUACAUCCACAGUCCACAGUAUUUUUAGUAAUGUACAGAAUACAGCUAUAAACAUUCUAUAAAUAGAAUUAAAAGCCGUUUCAUACGGUUAUUUGUUUUUCUCCAUUUUUAUUACUUCCUCUUUUUUCAAAAAAAUCACCCUCUUCACUACUCACUUCUCAAACCUCACCUCAGCUCCUCUUGAAAUCCCUUUGACACUCUCUUUCUCUCUCCUCUCAAUUCCACUUUUACUCCAAAAUUUGUCGCAAAUUUCCACUAAUAUUGUUCGAUCAGCUGGAAAGUUUUUCAUUGCUUGGAUAUUGGAAUCUCGUUCUAUGAUUAAGAAUGAUUACCUAUUUGGUGAGUUGUAUCCAUUGUUUUACUUGAACAUUACUGCUGGUUGGCCUCAGGUUUACAAUUUGAUGCCUUCCUUUGAAACAUAUGGGAGAAAGGAAAGAGGAGGAUUUGUAUUGUAACUUCUCAAGAAAGGAUCUCCAAGGCUUGUGCAAGAAAAUGGUCUACCUGCUAAAAAGUCAAACUCUGAAAUGGCAACAUCCUUGAUUUUAUAUCUCGAGAAGAAGAACCUGAACUCCAGAGCAAAACGCGUGGGGACUAGAAGUGAUCUCUUUGCUUCAGGAGCGACAGAAUUGCAGACUGUAGUGAGGAUGAAAUCAACUGAUGACCAAAUAAAAGAUCGUGGACGCAUGGGAUCCCAUGCUGGGUCUGGCAUCAACCAACGCCAUAAUCACCGAGAUUCACGACAAAAUGAUUUGCUAAACUGCAAGGGUUCCGCUUCUUUUAAUAAGGCAUCUGAAGAUGUGGACAUUAUAACUCAACUCCACAGAGAAAGUAAUAGUGGUGCAGGUAUUCUAGAGAAUACCUUCUCCUCUGUUGUUAGUUCUCCUUUAGUAACUCCUUCCCCUACAUUUACUUUUGAUGUCUGUUGUGAGGAUGGGAUUCAACUCUAUGUUGAUCUGAAUUCAAGCCCAUCAGACUGGAUUGAGAGUUUAAAAGCUGGAGUUCAUAUAAGUCAUGAUGUGCACAAGCCAAAUUCGCAAAGUUUUCAUCAAGACAUAGGCCUUUUAUGUUGCUCUAAGAAAAAAAAUGGUUCUUUUACUAUGGAUCCAUCUAAGGAAACAGAGACUGGCCAACUUGAACUUGAGUAUUACCCAACCACGAUGUUGACUGAUAAUCAGGCUCAAAUGGAUAAACCUGAUGGAGGAGAAGGAUCUUUGUCUUCACCUGAACUGAAAUCCUUAGGCAAUGAUGUUCAUGACUUGGAAAAUUUAAGAGAAGACCAAACAAAUUUAUUGUCCAGACUUGAAUCUGGUAUUGAGGGGCAACUUCCUGGAUCAAAAUCUAGCGGAAGAGAGGAAACAAUGGUUGCUGUUGCAGAUGUGAAUGCAGCUGUCGAGAUUAGAGCGUAUGAUAAUUCUGCAGGGAAUUUCUUGCCAUCUGAACAUAAAUGUUCAGCGAUGCCAGCACAACAGAAUGAUAGUGCUGGCAAUGAAAUCUGUAUAAUGCCAUCAACGCGGCAAAAUUAUGGCUCUGUGGAUCCUGUUCUUAAAUGCAGUGAUUCAUCAACAACUGUAUACACGGAGAUGCAAGCAUCUACUGGUAAAUGUGUGGACAUGGCUGAGAAGGUAAAGAAUUCUGAAGUCGUGCAGCAUGGAUUAGUUGAAUCUGCUCCCAGCAUGGAUGAGCUUCAGAUGAGAUCUGCUCAAGCAUUUGAUCAGAACAAAUGUCCGUCUUCUGUGUUCAACAGUCUUUCACCAGGUGUUGCUGAUAAUAGGUGUCAAGUGGACACUGAGCAAAGCAGAGCACCCUUGUCUGAUGGUCAAGUAAGAGAGGCUAAAAAAUAUUCAGCAGAAAAUGCUGGAUUUCUUAGCGCACAGGAGGCUGGAAAUGAAACUGAUGAGCUGAUGGAAGAAGAUGCAGCACUAUAUACUUGCUGCAGUAAUAGGUCCGUUGAUUUGGUUGUUCCUAAGCAAAAUGGGGCAGAUUAUUGUAUUUCAAGUAAAACAAAUGAUCUCAAAGAGGACGAUAGCAUAAGCCUGUCAACAGCGAAUGUGGGAAAUCUGGGAAAGAGCAACAUCAAAAAUGGAAGUGAAGAAUCAGAAUGCUUGAAUAUUAAAAACCUAAAAGAGAAGCCCUGGAAAAAACCUGUAGAUUCAGAAUCUAAUGGGGAGCACAAGAGAAAGAGACAUCUUAAUAGCGUUGAUCAGAGUAAGUUCUUUAACACUGAGGCAAAGAUUUUAAGGUCUUCAAAGCAGUUUGCUGGAGAUCUUCAUUCAAAACGUAGAAGAUCAUCACGGCUUUUUUCUAAGUGAGUUGUGGAGGACACAGUUGGAGUUGCUCAUAGUACUAGGUGAGAGCUGAGAUGCAAUUUAAGGUUUCCUUUAUUUGUUGCAGAGAUACACACAUACAAAGAAAGAAUAAUGGUGCCUAUAUACUACACAUUUUUAAUUACUUAUGAUGUAAUUUGUUGUCAUUAUUCUUGUCCUUUCAUCCAUAUGAGGCCAUUGUUCUUUUUAAUGAUUUUGGUCUCUGUUUUAAGGUUUGUAUAUUAGGUUGUAUUAUUAAAGAUUCUUAAUAUCAUGUCUAUUCUACUUAUAUUUGUUCA